GCGAAACAACCCUGCCCAGACCUGUUUGUAACGCUAAAACAGAGAGCGGUGAAGGUAGAGGGGGUUUCACAAUCUCUUUAAUAGCAGAAGUUGAACAUGCUGCGGGUGUGUAAGAAACUCCGAGAGGCGGACAAGAAGGGCAGGAGGUACGGACUAGCCCGUGCGGAGACAGGCUACCUCCGUGCCCUGGUGGACGCCAUGGCCGACACGGACAGGCGGGCAGAAGUGGAGCUGCUCAAAACUCUGGGCGACGUGAACUUGGAGAAGGGAAGACUCGGGAAGGACGUGGGGAAGUUCAACACAGCCUUGGCGCUUUACAUUGCUGCUAUGGUGCGGUGUUACCAUGAAGAACAGGCAGAUGAUUGCAACACGUAGGCAAAAUGAACAAGACGUGAGAGGACGGAAGGACCACUUCUCUCCCUUCUCAGCUGCGACCUCUAG